AUGACCCAAAACCACGCCGCUUGGCAAUUGCAAUGCCACACUCCCCUCCAAAUCCAACCGACACCCUACCCAGAAACGCUCUCUGAAACCCAAGUCCUCAUUAAAGUCCACGCAUGGGCCAUAAACCCAGCAGACUAUAUUCUCCAAGACACAGAGCUAGCCUUCGUCAGCUACCCCGUCAUCCUGGGCGAAGACAUCGCUGGCACAAUAGUAGCGCUUGGAAAUGCAACUCAAUUUGCACUAAACGACCGUGUGAUCGGGUUCGCGCAGGGUGCAACCAAAGGUCCUGCUAUGGGCGGAUUCCAGGAAUACGUCGUCAUAGAGUCAGAAUUGGUCUGCCGGAUUCCCGAUUCGAUGCCGUUCGAGGAGGGCGUUGUGUUGCCCUUGGGAUUUUCGACUGCCGCGCAUGCACUUGCAAAUGAGGAGUAUCUUGGGCUGGAGAUGCCCGGGUCUAGGACUGGCACUUCUAUUUCCACCGCUCCGGGGGACCAAGGGAAGGAAUGUGUGCUGAUCUGGGGCGGAAGUUCUUCCGUUGGGAGCAAUGCUAUCCAGUUAGCUGUUGCGAUGGGACUGGAAGUUCUGACCACCGCGUCGCCGAGAAACUUUGAGAGUCUGAAAGAGCUUGGUGCGAAUAUGGUCUUCGAUUACACGGCCUCUGAUGUUGUGUCUCUCAUUGCCACCGAAUUAAACGCACGCUCAGGCUGUGUGAGUAUAAUCCAAGCAGCCGGGUUUGCAGCAUCUCUGGGUCCUGUGCUUGAGAUUGCGAGCUUGCUCAAAGCUGAUGUUUUUGUUGUGACCACUACGCCGCUGCAAGAAGGUGUGGUUCCAAAGGGCGUCCGAGCAAAGAUGCUUUUUGGAGGCAAUCAGGAUACUAUCUUGGGACUGUGGCGAGAGUUUUUGCCCAAUGCGCUUAAGGAUGGAAGAUAUCACGCUAAGCCAAAACCGCUGGUUAUGGAGACGAGAGGACUGCAGGGCAUCCAGGAGGGCUAUGACGUUUUGAGAGCGGGUGUUUCUGCGAAGAAAGUUGUUGUUCUUGCUUAG